GGAUGGUUGGAGCCUCCGAAGCGUUUCCCUCCAGAGCAGCUCCGGAGGCAUCCGGGAGCGCCGGGGCAGAAGUUUGGGAAGGCUCGGGGCUGGCUCUGGCACUCUGGGACAGCUCGCCGGGAGCCGAGAGGCGGCGGCUCUGCUCCCCGCAGCCCCCCUAGCGCUGUGCCCCUUCUCGGGGGCGGAGGGGAGCAGCGUGUUCCCAGCCCGCUCCCAGCUCGCAGCCCGCUCCCAGCUCGCAGCCCCUGCUCUGCUUCUCGCCCUCAGCUCGCUCCGGAGCCCUGGGCUCGGGCUGCAUCCCCGCGCUGAGCAUCGCUCGGGACAUUCCUGCUGCCUCCGGAGCGCUCGGACCGCGCUCCCCGCAGCGCUCCGUGGAUUAAUCCCUCCUUUCGGAGGUUAUUUUCGUCUCGCCCCCGGGCGGAUCGGCGGGAGGAAGAGCCGGGCUCUCCUGAAAGCGGCAGGGGGUACAGAGGUACCCGCCAGGGUCUCCCAGCGGGGGGAGAGGGGCUCCCCGCUCCCGCUCCCUCUCCCCGGCUGCCGACUGUGGGGGCUGCUGCUGCUGAGCAACAAGACAGCGCUUGAAACUCAGCCUCAACUUAUCCCAGCAAGCAAGGAUGGCAACGCUACCGGAGCUUUGGAGCCGCCAAGAGAGCCGGGUAGCCGGGGUUUUGAUUGCCACCGUCUAAUAAAUUGGAGUAAAAUGGAAUUUCUUGCCUGGGUUUUCCCUGCCUUAGUUCUACUGUGCACCCAGCAGCACAGGUGUAUCAGAGCUAUGAAUGACAUCGGUGAUUACAUAGGUUCCAACAUCGAAAUAUCCUGGUUACCCAACCUGGAUGAUUUGAUGAAAGGGUAUGCACGUAAUUUCAGGCCUGGGAUUGGAGGUCCUCCUGUUAAUGUUGCUCUUGCGAUCGAAGUAGCCAGCAUUGACCACAUCUCUGAAGUGAAUAUGGAAUAUACCAUGACGGUAUUUUUGCACCAGAGCUGGCGAGAUGACCGUCUGUCUUACAACCACACCAAUGAAACUUUGGGCUUAGACAGCCGGUUUGUGGACAAACUCUGGUUGCCAGAUACUUUCAUAGUAAAUGCCAAGUCUGCCUGGUUCCAUGACGUGACUGUGGAAAACAAACUUAUCAGGCUCCAGCCAGAUGGAGUCAUUUUAUACAGCAUCAGGAUUACCUCAACAGUGGCCUGUGACAUGGACCUUUCCAAGUAUCCAAUGGACGAGCAAGAAUGCAUGUUGGAUUUGGAGAGCUAUGGCUACUCUUCAGAGGACAUUGUCUACCACUGGUCAGAAAAUCAAGACGAGAUCCAUGGGCUGGAUAAGCUGCAGCUCGCUCAGUUCACAAUCACCAAUUACCAGUUCACAACAGAAAUGAUGAACUUCAAAUCUGGACAGUUUCCCAGGCUCAGUCUCCACUUCCACCUUCGUCGAAAUCGAGGCGUUUACAUCAUUCAGUCUUACGUUCCUUCUAUCUUACUCGUGGCCAUGUCAUGGGUGUCCUUCUGGAUCAGUCAGUCUGCUGUGCCUGCCAGAGUGUCGUUAGGUAUAACUACCGUUCUCACAAUGACUACACUGAUGGUCAGUGCCCGAUCUUCACUCCCACGAGCCUCUGCCAUCAAGGCCCUGGAUGUUUACUUCUGGAUUUGCUACGUGUUUGUCUUCGCUGCGCUGGUGGAAUAUGCAUUUGCACAUUUCAAUGCUGACUACAUGAAAAAGCAAAAGAACAAGAUAAAGGCAAGAAGGCAGAGUGCAGAGAUAAACGUGAAGAACGCCAUUGUUCUGUUUUCCCUUUCCAUAGCUGGUGUGAACCAGGGACUGGCCAUUUCCAAUAGGCAGCACCGAAUUCCCAGAGGCCUGCCUGGAUCAUAUGGCACAAUAGAAAUAGAAACUGGAGAGACAAAACGGCAGCAGCUGAUGAAACUGGAUAAAAAGAGUGGUCUGAAGUCCCUCUUUAAGCCCAUCGAUGCUGACACCAUUGAUAUAUACGCCAGAGCCGUGUUCCCAGCAGCCUUCGCAGCAGUCAAUGUUAUAUACUGGGUCGCAUACACAAUGUAAAAAAGAAAAGGGAAAUUGAUGUGAAGAGCUACAAAUGGAACAAUACCUACAGACUGAGCAGUCCUUGCAGAAACUGUAUUGAUCCAUCUCUUCUCAGAAUAUUUUCCAAUGAGCUCCAGACAUUUCUAACAUCAAGAAAGUCCUGUGACCAGUUCUGAUGAAAAGCAGCAAUUUAUAACCAAUCUGAUUCGAUACAGUGCUCUGCCAAACAGUCCCAGCUCCUUCUCUCCUGUAUUAUCACCAGACAGUUUUGCAUAUGUACAUAUUUGCAGCAAAAGUUUAAAUCUUAAAUUACCAUGAUUUUCCUCCACUUUAAGGGUUGGUCAGUAAUGAAGAUUUGGCUUUUCACGCUCAGAUCACUUCUUUUUGUAAUGGAAGAGUUAAUUCCUCACUUCCACAAGUGAUUUUCUGCAUCUGGCCUUUUUUUGGGUGGUCUAAGUUUAACAGUAGUGGUAAAGUAGGAGGUUUUAAUCAUAAAAAUGUCACAAACAGAGUAAAAGGGAAUAUAGGGGAGUGGAUUUUUUUCUUAAAUUAUUAUUUGUCUUGGAUAACGUAUUGAAAAUAUUUCAAUGCUCUUAGUCACAGCAUGAAAUAAAAUGUACUACAUAAAAUCCUAAUGAAUUGUUAAUAAUGGCUGUGUUCCAUUUCAGAUCUAAGCUAAUGAAGGUUUAAACACUUAAACACAGUAAUACUUAUUAUUUAGGCCCAAAAAUACACAAAAGUGAUUUAGAAACAUAGGCAAGGCUCAGGCUUUCUGUGUUGGAUUAAGAAAAAAAUUUUAAAGGUGGUUGAUAAUGAAGGAACUCCAUUUCAAGAAGGACUUUAGAAUUCGUUCUGUUAAUUUUCAGUGAGAGUCUACCAUGUGUGCCUCUGAAAAUAUCCUUUCUGCGUCUGUCUCUAAAUAGCUGAGUGAAGUAAAAAAAAUGUCAUAAAUGGCUUUAAGUUACUCAGUUGCUUCGGCUAUUUUUGCCAGUUUUAUUCAGAGGCUGAGCUAACUUGUUAGGCCUCUUCGCUUCCAUUAUUUGACAGUGAAAUUUGUGGAUUCUCAUACAUGCUCCUUGAUUCAGUUCUAGAUCUGCUCACCUAGCUCAUGCAAACUUUGUUCUGCAAAUAAUUUCAGUGUCCUCAGCAAAUAAAUGCAGUAUUCACAACAAAUACAAGGUUCACAAUUAGCCUCUAAAAACCUCCACGGCAAAUACAUGGGAAUCUGGUGAAAACAAUGGAAGUACUGUUAGCGUAGGAAAGCAAUGUCAGACACUUCUGAAGGGAAAUGUUUCUGGAGAAUUUUGUUGCCUUAAAAGUGAGAGCUUGUUUCAAAUAUAGCGCCUGACACAAAAGCAAAUAUGAAAUGAGAGAGGGAGGGAAAGGAGGAGGCAAAAUGAGUGGCUGAAAGCUAUGAUGGAAUAGAGCAUGGGGAGGCACAGGAUUAAACAAACUGAAAGAUGUGGAUAAGAAUUGUGCUGGGUGUUGAAGAUGGGUAUCUUGAACAUAGUGGCUGAUAAUUAAUAGUUACAAUUGCAAUACGGAAGAAAUGAGCAUUCGAUCACAGUGGAGUAUGCCACAUUCCUCCUGCCUCACUUAUCUGUGACGUACAGUUUCAUUUCAUAUGACCAGCACUGAAAGAGCAUUUUAACACAGAUUUAUAAAGUAGAAAAAGGUUACUUCAAUAUCACUGAAGUAAGGGAAGGGUCUGAAGAAAAAAAUAAUGAUCCUGAGCUGAGCUAUAAUAAAAAAUGUGCUCCUACCAUAAGUCAGGCUUAGGUUCACCUUAAUCUGUCAUUUCUGUUAUAAUCAAACACCUCUCCAUUAACAGUGUGCUGGAAAGACCAAACUGACAUCAAGCUAUCAUUGUUCCACAAACUUGUCCCCUGUCUAGCCCUGGACUGAGGGACUGGGUUCUGCUCCAAGACUUCGCCACUGACUUGUUGAGGAAUAUUAAUUAUUUCACUGCAUCAUCUGCAAAACUGAUAUGAUUAUACUGAUUUCUUUCCUAUAUCUUUGAGUUUUACAGAAGAAAAACCCUUCAGGAGAGACAGAAACUCUUAUCUCCAAGUAGGUAAGUGCAUCCAACUAGCACUUAUGUGGUGCUAUUUACCAUCAUUUCUGCGCCUUUCACAUACUGAAUUAAAGAAAAGUAUAACUUAAUUUUCACUUUAUCCAGAAAGCUAAUGAAAUUCUGCAUCUCCUUCAAUACAUGUAGGUAGUCAGGCUCCUCUUUUUCCUUCUGCCUCUCUUUCUAUUUUAUGUUUCUUGGUGUUUGUUCCUGAUGUCGAUGAAAUGCUUCAUUACAGAAACACACCAUUUAUUUUCUAAGUGUGUUUUUGGUCAUGAUCACUUUCUCCCAAAGGAAGUUGAACCCCUCUUGCUCUCUUCCAAAUCAUUCUUACUAUUUGAUAUAAUGAUUAAGUGCAGAGUGGGAUAAAACCAUCAGAAGCAUGGCUUUACAAAGCCUUUUCUUUAUUAAAUUGUUGCUUUUUCCACGACCCUGGGUCAGGUCCUUGACAUACCUUAGCUCCCAUUUCUACUUCUCCCUUUGGCUUAAAACUGAGCUUUCCCAAUUUACUCCUGAUCUAAUUCUUGACAGGCUUCAGAAGCAAUGGAAGUUUAAAUGUAGCCCUUGGAUGAUGUACUUUAAUAGGCAAGGCAGGUCUAAAAUAUUCUGCACGGCAUUUUAAACAGUAUCACCACAAUAGCACUGCACCCUUUAGGAAGGCCAUAGUGCCCUGUCCUUCUUGCAUAAAUUAGAAAUAACCUUUGUUUUAAAAUCAGUAGAUUAACCACUGCUGUGAAAGCAGAGUCCAACCUUUCUCUACUCUGCUGGUUUCUCUAGCUCUUAGUUCAUUACAUCGCCUGUCAGGGUUAGUAUCUAAAUCCAGCUGAAUACUCGCAAUAAGUUCCUGUGGGGGGUAAAUCAUAAGAAAAUAAUACAUGAUUUUGGAAUUAAAGUUAUUAAAGAGCAGACAAGAAAGCAUUGACCUAGUCCCUCUCGUGUGCAGUGGCUCCUAUUUAGAGAAACUCACAAGAAGCUGCUGCAGAUAUUACCAAGGCAGUGUCUAAUCUAAUUACUUCAGCAGUUAUAGUUGGUAAUUGUGCACCUGGCAGAACUCCUUACACUGAAUCCAACUGAGUAAUCACAUGGGUUUAUUGGACAAAAUUAGUUGCUUCUCCAUCUGGGAGACAGUCAGAGGUGGCUUGCCCUGCUGACUCCUUCAAAAGCUUUAUUCAGUGACUUUUUCUGUAGUUUGACUGCAGAUCUUCAAGGUGCACAGCUCUGCCAUGACUGAUCAAAGUAAAAGGUGGCAGCAUGAUCACCCUCAAAAAAAUCCCAAAGCAGCAUGAUCGACUAUCACAAUAUUGUAGACAGAAGCAUAAAUAAAGGUGAAAACCAUCUCAAACCAUGGCAGGCAGGCAGAAACGCAUACUGUGAGUGUACAUAUGGCAGUUGUGUCCAUUCCAGGAUGGAGGUGACUCAGAGGGGAGAGCAGGCUUUCAGCUGCUGAUGCUGUGCUUGCCUGAGCAGCACAAGACAAAACACCUCCAUCAUGUAGUGGGAUUUUCUUAAAUCUGUCUCCAGAUCCAGAAAUAGGGAAGUCAGAUGCCAUUCAAGCCCUUUUAAGGAGAAACCAGUAUAGCAGUGUGGUGUAAUGAUUGGAGCUUUGUACGAACCUGAAUCUUCUGUACAUUUCAGUGCGCUUUACUUUCUUUUUUUCAUUUAAAACCAUCAUACUUACAAAUUGUCAGCCAUUAAUUCUUUAUAUGUAUUGAUGUCUAAAUGCCCUAUUGAGCUCCAAAUUCAUGAUGCCUUUAAUAAAUAGAAAUAAACUAAAUUUGAUAUUUGUUGAAUGCUGACUGUGGAUGGGUCGUACUAGCAUUAAGGAAAGGAAAAAUAGAAAAGUAUGUGGCAGAUCAGAAGGCACUCUUUUUUUGUGCUGUACCUGAAAGCAUUUAUAUUCCUUUCAGCAAUUUAGAGUACUGCUCUAUGGACUGGCGUGAGUGGGAUAUGUGUUAAUGUAAUCAUUCUAAAUGUGAAAUGUUAAUAAAAUGUAGAUCUACAGAAACUGGAGCUUCUAUAAACAGACAAAAUAGAC